AUGCAAUUGACUUUUAAUAUAGGUAAUGGUGAAAGUUUCAAUGAGCAAAUUAAAAAUGGAACAGUUUCAGAAAAUGUGUAUUGUGGCUGGGUGAAAAGAAUAAAAAGCAUAGGCAUACAAAGGGCCUUCCAACUGGUCAGUUCAGACCAAGACCUAAUGGAGCUGCUGUCCCAAAGAGGAGCAUCUGAAGACUAUAUGGAAAAACGUGGCCAAGUGGAGGAAGUAUUUAAACAUCAAACAGUUUCUGACCUGCAAAUGUGCACUAUAGUUCCUUUGCUGAAUAAUCAAACUGCAAUCUCCAUGGAUGUUCAGCUUUUUUUCUGGAAAGUAUCAUUGCAAAUAGCAAUAUAA